GCUGUUUUGUUUUGUUUCAUGACAUUGAAAUCAAAUAUUUUUCAUUUCAAUUAAUUGAAAGUACUACGAAGUAGUUCCAUACUCUUUGUUUAUUGAGUUCUGAAUUUAAUAAUGAGGGAUAACAAUGAAGAGAAAUAUAUUUUCGCUGCCUGUACUUAUUUUGCGAAAAACCAUCCAGGGGAGACAUGCGGUAGUAACGGAUUACCAUUAACACCGAGUUCUAUAUCAAUCCUGGGACGAGCUCAACGAUUACUUACAAUACAACACCCUAAUUUGUGUACAUACCUUGAUAUUAUACGCGGAAAACACGAGAGAAUAAUAGUAGUAACUGAAGUUUUUGGGAAAUCGUUAGAAGAAUUGAAGUCAAAGUUUUCAUUUGACGAAGUUAUUAAUAUAGGCCUGCAGAUUUCUGAAGCCAUGCUAUUUUUGCAUAAGCAAGAUAUUGUACACAGAACUUUAGCAGAUGGCAAUAUAUUAGUGGACAGCAGUGGUAGGGUCAAGUUAUUCAACUAUGGAAUGUAUUACAUGACUGGUGGUGGGUCUGAUGUCCCAUUUCCUCUGGGCCUGCCAAGAUAUUUGAGCCCAGAAACAAUACUGAAUGGAGGCGGUCCUGCUGCAGAUAUAUGGACAUUUGGUAUAAUCUUACUAGAAUUGUGUAUCGGGAAACUGUGGCAGAACCUGAAACCCGGACCAAUACUCCGUAGAAUACUAACACUUGUACAUGCUGCAAAUCCAGCUGAGCGGAUAGCUAGAGAACAUGACUGUUUUGAAGCAUAUAAAUUAGUACCUGAUCAUUUAAGGAACAUAAUCGAAAAAUGUCUAAAGAUUUAUCCUAGAGAAAGAGCAACAUUUGAAGAACUGGUAGAUGAAUUGUCUCAGGCUAAUGUGAAGACAUUGGUUGAUGUGAAGAAACCCCGUGGCCUGAUGGGAUGUAAACUGCAGUAUUUAUACCACUGGUGGCAGUUAACUGGUGGGGAUAUACAGGCAGAGUUGAAAAAAAAUGGUUUAAUUAAAAAUAGUCCACCAAUUUUGUCUAUGCCCAUAGCAAUACUUUUAGAUGGUUGCACAAUUGGUGGUAAGCGUGGAGCGUUAUUUGAUCGUCGAAUAGCGAAGUAUAGUUUAGACUUAUUGAGGGCGCGACUCAGUCACAUACCUCCGCAGGACUUUUACCCACUAAUGCAUGAACGUAGACGAGACUAUGACGCAGUGGCUCUGCCUAAGAUAAUAAGAGAAAGGGAUACGGAAUAUCAAUUCUACAGAUUGCUGUGGUUUCAGCGGCUCCUGAUUGGUUAUCCAUACACAGCUCAGUAUAUAAGAGCAGAAGCAGAGAUAGACAUUCCGCCAUUAGUGAGGGGAGACGUGUGGGCAGCGUUACUGGGAGUUAAAGGAGAUAUUGAAGAGCAGUAUGAGAGAAUUGAUAAGGAAACUCCUACACCAACGGACAGACAGAUCGAUGUGGACAUUCCCCGUUGUCAUCAGUACUGCUGGUUGCUUUGUGGUUCUGCUGGGCAUCGUACACUCAAGCGUCUGUUAAAAGCUUGGUUACUAACUAACCCUCAGUAUGUCUAUUGGCAAGGACUAGACUCCUUGACUGCGCCAUUUUUGUAUUUAAACUUUUGUAACGAAGCUCGUGCGUUCGCCUGUUUGUCGGCGUUUGUACCGAAAUUCCUUCACAAGUUCUUCCUCAAAGAUAACAGUGCGGUGAUAAAGGAGUACUUGGCCAAGUUCUGGCAGAUGGCCGCCUUCCACGAGCCGGAGUUAGCCACACAUCUGCAUGAGAUUAACUUUGUACCAGAACUGUUUGCUAUACCCUGGUUCCUUACUAUGUUUUCACAUGUGUUUCCAUUGCACAAAAUUGUACAUCUAUGGGACGCAUUAUUAGUGGAGGGUCCCGCCCUACCUCUGUUCAUGGGGGUGGGUAUUCUGCGUCAGCUCAGGGACACUCUGCUCGACUCCGGCUUCAAUGAGUGCAUUCUGCUCUUCUCUGAUCUACCUGAGAUUGAUAUCGGCGAAUGUGUUAAGGAAUCAAUAGAAAUGUGCCGAAGUUCUCCGAAGAGUAUAAGCUAUAGGAGGUUCACAAAUGAACCAGAAAUAAAAGAUCCAAUGGACAUCGUAGAGAUACCAAUGGAAGUGCUCCUGUCUGAGAUCAGUCCACGCAUCAGCAUGUCCGACUUCUUCUCGCUGACCUGUCAGGACAAGUGCUGCGUGGUCGACAUCCGCUCCAAUUUACUUUACGAGAAGAGCUGUAUAGAGGGCAGUGUGAACGUGCCGUACAGCGGCGUGCAGUUGGGGCAGCGCGACCUGCGCGCGCUCGGCCUGCACGCGCACCGCGCGCUGCGAGACGCCGUCACACACAAGAAGACCAUCGUCAUCGCCUCCGCAGAGGACGAGACAGCGCAACUUUUUAGCGACUACUUAGUGAAAUGCAACGUGCCUCGAGUGUGUAUACUGUAUGGAGGUAUUUCCGCCUUACAUUCCCAUGUGCCGUCACUCUUCGUCGUACCCAUUAAGAAGACUGGAUCCAAAUAAUCCAUUAAGUCAUAAAUCAAUACAUAAAAUUCAAUUGAAUCGUUAUCAAUACUUUGGACAUCCGGCUCGAAGGACCAUUUAAUACUCUUCAAUUAACAGGUUUGUUUUUAAUUUUAUUUUUUAUUA